AUGGAAACGGUGGAUCACUUAUUUGUUGGGUGUAUAAAAGUGACAAGUCUAUGGUAUGAUUGGUAUAAUGAAUGGGGCAUUGCUUGGGUCAUGCUGGCAAGUUUCAAAGAGCUGAUGGUCAUAUGGAACAACAUCAAGCUGACGCCUAACUGUGACAAAAUCUGGAAUACUGCAAUCUUUGCUAUCACUUGGACUGUAUGGAUCUGCAAAAACGAUGUGGUUUUUCACAAUAAAGCAUGGGAUAAAGAACUCAUAUGGGAGCUCAUCAAAUUAAGAGUGGCAAUGUGGGUCAAAGCCAAAUGUAACAAUAGUGCUUAUUCAAUUACUGACAUGUUCAGGUGCCUUGCAGUGGGCUUUAAUCAACAAAGGGAAGAGAAUACAAGACCCCCUACAACAUGGGAGAGAUCGGGAGUAGGUACGAUAAAGUUCAAUGUCGAUGGUGCUGCCAAUGGAUGCCCGGGCAAAGUGGAAAUUGGUGGCCUUCUUAGGAAUGAAAAUGGAGAGGUCCUUAUCAAGUUUUUCAAAGCUGUUGGUUGGGGUGACUCAAACAUGGCAGAAUAUUUGGGCAUUAGGGAAGCCUUCAUCUUGUACUUAAAUUCUAUAUGGGCUAACAAUUACUCACUGCUGAUUGAGAGUGAUUCCUAA